AUGGCUCAAAACGACAGGAAUACAAGAAUCGCUGCUUUUGAAAUGGUCGAUAAGUGGUUUGGUAAGUCCCACAAAAUAAGCCCUAAACCUCAUGUUGUUAGAGACGACUUCCCUUCAAGUUUUAACCAAAAUUCUUACGAAUAUGGUGGUCCAAAAUCUCUUUUUCGCUAUGAAGGUCCAAAAUCUUAUACCGUGAAUUGCACUUAUCAAUAUCAUCCAACGGAUGGUAUUCAACACUACAGUGGAGCGCGUCCUUUAAUCGACCAUGCAAACCGGUUUGAGAAGCAGAAAGAACGUGCUAUUACCUGCGACGAGGCGUUUCUGCGCUAUGGAGGGGUGCUUAUUAAGACGUUUCGUAACUAA